AUGGUAGACGGAGAUCCAGGGUCGCCCACCUGGAAGUUCACACAAUGCUUUGGGGAUAAAGGCGAUGUAGAGGAUAUCACAGAAGCGGAUAUUAUCUCAACAGUUGAAUUCGACCACACUGGAAACUAUCUGGCCACAGGAGAUAAGGGUGGCCGGGUAGUACUGUUUGAGAGGAAUGAGACGAAAAAAACGUGCGAGUACAAGUUUCACACUGAAUUCCAAUCACACGAGCCAGAGUUCGACUAUCUCAAGUCCCUCGAAAUCGAAGAAAAGAUUAACAAGAUCAAAUGGUGUAGACGCCAGAACGCGUCGCACUUUUUAUUGUCGACUAAUGAUAAGACCAUAAAGUUGUGGAAGGUGUUUGACAAGUCCCUGAAAGUCGUUGCUGAAAACAACCUGUCUCAUGAUCUCACACCAGCAGGUGUGUUGGGCGGAGGAGCAGCUCGUCCUCCGCAUGUCUCAUUCAAAGAUUCAUCCGCGUUGAAACUGCCACGCAUGACUCACCAUGAUACCGUUGUCGCUGCCGUGCCUCGACGAACAUAUGCGAACGCCCACGCUUAUCAUAUCAACAGUAUCUCGGUGAACAGUGAUGGAGAGACUUUCAUAAGCAGUGACGACUUGCGAAUCAAUCUAUGGAAUCUCAACAUACAGGAUCAGAGCUUCAAUAUUGUGGAUAUCAAACCUGCAAAUAUGGAAGAGUUAACCGAGGUCAUCACCGCUUCCGAAUUUCACCCUCAAAGCUGUAACUGGUUCAUGUACGCUAGCUCAAAAGGCACGAUCAAGCUGGCUGAUAUGCGACAACGUGCACUUUGUGACCAACAUUCAAAAUUGUUCGAGCAGGAAGAAGACGCCUCUUCACGAUCCUUCUUUUCCGAAAUCAUCUCCUCCAUCUCCGACGUACGAUUUUCCCAUGACGGCCGCUACAUCCUUUCUCGUGAUUACCUAACGGUUAAAAUCUGGGAUGUGAACAUGGAACGCCAACCCGUCAAGACUAUUCCGAUCCAUGAACAUCUUAGACCUCGACUGUGCGAUACCUACGAAAACGAUAGUAUUUUCGAUAAAUUUGAGGUUGUGUUCUCCGGCGAUGCAGAGAACGUCAUGACGGGCAGCUACAAUAACAACUUCAUGAUAUACCCGACAGAUGCGAAUAAGGAGACAGAAGUAGUCUUACAAGCGGACAAGUCGGCUUUUAAGGCUAAGAAAGUCGGCGUGCCUACUCCUAUCAAUAAAAACGGAAAGAAGAACGGCUCUAGGGCCAACAGUCCUGCUGGUGCUGGGUCACGCAUGAGGAAAGAGACAGACGCAGAUCAGAUUGAUUUCAAUAAGAAGAUUCUACACAUGAGCUGGCACCCUUUCGAAGACAGCAUUGCCAUUGCCGCCACUAACAAUCUCUUUGUCUUCUCAGCAUUGUAA